AUGGCUGAAGACAAGGUGGUCAAACCCUGGAACAACUUAUUUGCAAACAAGCCUACUGGUAAAUCUACCUUUCCCUCUGUGGAAGAUAUUUCUGAUAAGAAGGAUAAAGUUAAGGCUAAUAAGCAUGAUCCCUUUGUGGAGAAUGCCCAUAUCUAUGAGGAUUAUGAUAGUUUUGAGUCUGAUGAGGAUUCUACCAAUCCUCCCCCUAAAAUGAAAUUGAGGGUUAGUAAGAAAGCUGAAGAUUACGCUGAAGAGACGGAUGAUCCCAAGCAGAAGCAUGAGAAGGAGAUGGAAAAGGAGGUGACACAUGAGAAGGAGAAGGAGUUGGAGGGUGAGACAGGAGACAAGGAUAAUGAGCAGGGUAAAGAGGAUGUUGAUGAGUCAGAGGAGAAGGAGAGUCCCUAUGACACAUACAAUAGGGAUGAGGUUCAAAAUAAUAUGGAGGAGAGAAACCCUAGGUCUGAGGAUUCUGCCCAGGACAUGGAGGAUACAGAUACUAUUUUGAAUGCUGCUAGAAACAACUCUCUGGAAAUGUUUAAUUUCUAG